UCGGCGUGUCGGCGCUCGCUCGCUCUGGCCUGGGCCGGGGGAUCUCUCAUCAUGGAGUCGCAGUGCGAUUAUUCCAUGAUCUUCCCGGCCUGUCCGCUUCUCCCCUCAGACCUGCCGGGCCGGUACCGCACCCUGCCCCGCCGGAACCACCUCUACCUGGGCGAGACCCUCCGCUUCCUGCUGGUGCUGCGCCUGAGGGGGGAGGCGGCUCAGGACAGUCCGGGGAGUGAGGCCUCUUCUUCCUGGGCGCCGCUGGCCGCCUCACUCUCCGCCCUGGCCAGUGUGUGUCCGGGGGAGGAAGAGGCGGACGAGGAGGACGAGGACAACGGCGGGGACACCGCAACGGGGAGGACCUACCGACACUGCCGGGCCAUCAUCAGCCAACAGCAACAACCGGCACAGCAAGCCGCCGGGGAGCAUGGAGGGACCCCAGUCACAGAUCCCGUUGUGUCCAGCGAUGAGGUCAUCUUCCCCCUCUCUGUGUCUUUGGACCGUCUGCCGCCAACAACCGUUAAAGCCAAGAUUGUAGUGACGGUCUGGAAGCGAGACACAGAACAGCCGCGGGUGAAAGCUCUCGGGUAUCGCUCCCUUCUGCUCAAUUCUAACCCAGGUCAAAUUUUCCGAGAAGAACAGGCCACGUUCAAGGCUCAAGUGAGUACCCUCCUCACCGUGCUCCCACCUCCCACCCUCAGGUGCCGACAGUUCAACGUGUCCGGGAAACAUCUUACAGGUCUGAAAGUGCUCAACACUUCCUCUCAGGACGACCUCUGUAUUCGGGAUGUACGGAUACUCCCCAAUUUCAACGCCAGUUACCUUCCUGUCAUGCCGGAUGGUUCCGUACUGCUGGUGGACAAUGUCUGUCACCAGUCAGGAGACGUCAGUAUGGCCUCAUUCCUGCGACUGCACAGCUGCUCUUCCCAGUUACCCAGCAUGCUCUGCUCCCUGGAGGAGCACAACUUCCUGUUCCAGCUGCAGGCAAGAGAGCGCCCCCCUGAGGAUGCCAAAGAGGGUUUGGAGGUUCCGUUAGUUGCUAUAGUUCACUGGUCAACCUCGAAACUGCCACAUACAUCUGGGAUUUACACCCACUACAAGCUCCCAAGUAUUCGGCUGGAGAGACCGCGGUUUGUCAUGACCGCUCGCUGUGACUCUCCAGUUCAGGCGCACUCUACGUUUCGUGUCACCUACACUCUGCUGAAUGACCUGCAGGACUUCCUAGCUGUCCGACUGGUGUGGUCGCCGGACGUCAACACAGCAGCAGGUGGUCGGUGCUUGUCGGAAGAGGAGCGACGUAUGACGCAGGGCGCCCAGGAGGCCAUGGUGUGUUACACUCCAAUUAAUAGUCUGGGAUUCUGUCGGAAAGGCAGCUCAGUGACGAUCGGUGUCACCUUCAUGGCUUUAAAAGCCGGCUUGUUUGAGCUGAGCCAACAUAUGAAGCUGAAGCUGCAGUUCACAGCCAGUGUGUCCCAGGCUCCUCCAGACGCUCGUCCUGUUUCAAGAAGAAGUAGUCCCAGCAGUCCGGCACUUAGGGAUCUGGAGAGACAGCAGGCAGGGGGUGCUCUUGGGAGAUCCCAGUCUUUCUCUCACCAGCAGCCUCCUCGCGGUCAGCUGAUCCGAACCGGGAGCGUUAUGGAGCGUCGCGCAAUCACUCCACCUGUAGGAUCCCCCUUGGGCCGCCCCCUCUACCUGCCACCCGAGCGGGCCACCCUAUCGCUGGAUAAAAUAGCCAAGCGCCAGUGCAAAGUUCUGGUGGUUAACCCAGUGCAGUGACCUCUGCCAAAGCUGCCAAGCAGAAGUGGAACCUCCUAAACUCGGGGAACCAAACAAACGCUUGGGAUGGAGAAAGGACAUACACCAAACAAGCCUGUACUGGACGGGAGAUUGGAGCCACACAGAGCCUCUCCUGGAUGGGAAAUUAAGGGGCCAAACAUCUCGGGCCCAGCAGGGCCAAAUAGAGCUUGGGUUGGAUGGGGGCCACCAGUGGCCUAAGCAAAUGGGGGAUCUUGGGGCCAAACGCAGGCUGUGUGCGCAGGGAGAAAAAAAAAAAGCAAAC